CACUGCUUGCAUUUUCUGCUGUCGCUCUGGAACAACCUAUCGCCGAAACAAAACCGAACCAGCUCAACGCGGCGUUUGUUUUUAUUGUAUAAAAACAAAGUAUCUGUAACAGUGAAUCAUUGGUGCAACCCAUGAGAACCAUUAAGCAUAUCCUACAUUGGCGCAGGUGAUUGUUUUCAUGAAUUUAAAAGUCUCUCCACGUGGAUUCUGAUGUCAAGAAAUCUGUUGCGCGUGUUUACAAAUGGAAUUUCGUUCUUGAAAAUGAUAGAAGACUGAUUUUUGUUUUCGUACCUGAUUUUGAUGAAAAUUAUUUAUAUUUAUAAGAUCAUCAUAGAUAAUUUUGGUUGCAGAAUAUUAUUUUUUUCGGAUAGUUCAGAAUGACUCAGAAGGUGUAUUUAUCUCAUGUUCGAUUUGUUAUUCGAAACUUACCUUUAGUAUCAAAUUUCAUCCCAUGAAAUUUUAAAGACCUUAAAAAAAUCGUACCUGGUUUUAAAUAUUCCGUAAAGAAAAAAAUUUAAAAGUGAUUCAAAUAUUUUAUCUUCAAAGGUUUGGAUUGUAGAUCAUUUGACUUCAGAACCAUGGGAAUUCUCAGAUUCUACUUAUUGGGGGUCAUCAUCUACAUUCAGGUAUCAUUCUCUGUGUGCCAUUCAUCUCCUACGGCGCACACCCACCAAGCUUCAAAACCAGCAAGUAGCUCCUCUGCUCCGCCGAUAUCUGACCAUCGGUUCUUUUUGCACGAGAUUUUUACGAAAUAUGGCCACGAUGGACAAAUGACCUUCGAAGGCUUUGAGCAUUUAUUGGAGAGCUUAGGCCUUGGCAACAUUAUCAUCACCGAUCACAAAGUAGAUGCUCACAAGCAGGAUGAAUUCAAAAGUAUACACGGGUCCCACGACCAUUCUAAAAAAGUGGAUGUUACUCCUACGACAAGUAAAGGCAUCGUGCAUACCAAUCGCGGACCCCACACCCAUUCUAACAACCAUCCUACUGAAGAGACCAUGACGUCUCCCGGAUCUCCGUCCAGUUUGAUCCGUCAACCCCACCGUAGCCACAACUCGUUGCCAACCUCCCAUCCGAAAAAGGACAGCUCUACUGACCACGAUCAUUCUCACAAAGGAAACUCCACCGACGACCCCAGAUCGAAUAAAACUUCUGCUGAGAGUAUUUACCAUUACCACCUAAGCGAAGUCAAGAUUCCAGAACUUCUAGUCAAUAUUUCAAUCUUGGUUGAUCAACACCAAGAGUUACAGCAACGUUCUCCUGGCGUGGUCAUUGAACAGUGCCUGAGUCCUCGAGAAAUUUUGGAGGCUUUUGGUAUCAAUCAAACCACCAGUUUGAAUCCGGUCAGUUUCUUGCACUUAUGUCCAGCCAUCAUAUAUGAACUUGACCAAGGUCACUGCCUCUUCAGGGAUAGAGAUCAUGAAAAGGAGAAAAGCAUUGCUUCUUUUGAUCAAUGGAUAUUUUCAACGAUAGCAGUUGUAAUAAUCAGCUUGUGCGGUUUAUUGAGCGUUGCAGUCAUACCCAUCAUGCAGAAGUGGUUCUACCAUACAUUACUGCAGUUCCUCAUUGGACUAGCCAUUGGAAGUCUCACAGGAGAUGGCCUGCUGCAUCUGAUGCCACAUGCAAUGCUUGGCGGUGAAGGCGAUCAUGAUCAUAAUGGUCCUGUAUCUGCGGUUGCAGCUGAAAAAAUAGCCAUUUGGCGUGGUUUAGCAGCUCUUGGCGGCAUUUUCUUUUUUUUCGUCGCCGAACGCCUUUUAGGAAACUAUGCCAAAUAUAGAAAACGGAGGAAAGAUUUGAAAGCUUCGAAAUCCAAAGUACUAGAUGAAAAACUUGAGAAUGAAGAACUGCCAAAUGUGAAAAAUGUCGGAGAAAAGCUUUCUCAAUAUAAAAAGAGUUCCUAUGAUUUUGACAUCAGUGAGAAAGAGAUGAUUCAAAUGCUGAAUGCCGAUUCAUUCUCGUCAAGGAAGAACUCCCUGGAGAAUUUGCCCGCUCUUGAAGCAAGUUUCCAGAAGAAACCCGAUUUCAGCGUCAGGUCGGGAGCUCCAAGUCCCGGUGGAGAUUGUUCCAUAGUGGUGCCCGACCAUCGAAGUCAUGCCCACGGUCAUGGUCAUGGACACAGCCACGAAGUUCCGGAUUCUGUGACUGCUGUCGCAUGGAUGGUCAUCAUGGGAGAUGGCUUGCACAACUUCUGCGAUGGAUUGGCCAUUGGGGCUGCUUUUGCAGCUGGAAUAGAAGGAGGUAUCAGUACAGCAGUCGCCGUUUUCUGUCAUGAAUUGCCACAUGAGCUAGGAGAUUUUGCCAUGCUUCUGAAGACGGGCAUGAAAGUGAAGCAAGCCCUGAUGUAUAACGGACUUUCUUCCAUCUUGUGCUUCAUCGGCAUGCUGAUUGGAGUGUCCCUAGGCAACGUCCACUCGGCAACCAGCUGGGUAUUUGCUGCCACGGCUGGAAUGUUUUUGUAUAUAGCACUUGUUGAUAUGCUGCCUGAGCUAACUGCUGCAGACGAUUCCGAAACAGCAUCGAAUUACCACCUGGCUGUGCAAGUCCUCGGAAUUUCCUGUGGCGUCAGCAUCAUGCUACUGAUCGCCAAUUACGAACAAGAGCUUCAGACUUUUAUGAAUGCCAGUUGAUAAUCAUUUUUCCCUCGCUAAUUUUUUUUUUUUAGUCGAUGAAGGACUUCUUGGUUUUAUCUAGUAAUUCUUAGAGAUCAUACAGAUCGAAGCAUUUGUAGAUUUAUGAUGAUAAACAUGUUUAGAACAUAAUUUUAGUAGAGUCAAGGUGUAGUCGACGAUAUAUUUUAUUCUGGCGAAGCGGUGGAUUGUGGGACAAUUCUAAUCCAUAGUGUUAUAAUGAAAUGCAGGAAUGGUCAUUUCAUGUUUUUACACAUACUGCCAGAAUGAGCUAUGAAGAAAAGAGCUUUUUUUUGUAUACUCUGAAUAUUUGCCUUUCGCAAAUACGAAUCAAGAUUUUUAAAAAAAAUGUAUAUAUUCUUUUAAAGAAAUUAAGAAAAUCGUUCUGACUUCGAAGUAAUUGUUUAAACAAAGUAACAUAAAUUUCACAUUCAAUAUGA